AUGCAGCUGCCUAAAUCAUUAUUCAAAAAAUUAAUCUUGAUAAGAGUCGUUAAUAGUCUCCUGACAAGGACAUUUUUCCAAGCUGAUGAAUAUUGGCAAGCAUUAGAACCUGCUCAUCUUCUGGCUUAUGGAUAUGGAGAAUUGACAUGGGAUUGGAAGUUUGAAAUUAGGAGUUAUGCCUUCCCGUUUGUAUUUGAAAUAACAUAUAGAAUAAUCCAUUUAUUGACAGUGCUUAUAGGUUAUCUCGUUGAAAAAUUGACAUUCUGCAUUGUUGAACUACUAUUGAUGUUAAAUCCAAAUGAUGAAUUCGUGUGGAGAAUCACUCAUGAAUUAAGAAUAAGAUCGGUGGAUAUGAUCCCCCUAUUGGAAUACUUUGGUGUCAUUUAUGGGCCCAAGUUAGUCAUGGCAAUCAUCGCUGCCAUCGGAGAAUAUUAUACGAUUAAACUUGUCCAAAAAUUAUACUUGUGUACUUUGGACAAGGAUGCUUUCAAUAAGAGAGAUGAAAAGGGGAGCGAUUAUAAUCUAAUUACUCAAUUGGUAUUUGUACUAACUAUAACGAACUUAUUCAAUGCUUAUAUUAUCACAAGAUCUUUCAUAAAUUCGUUCGAAAUGGUACUGACAGCAAUAUCCUUAUAUUAUUGGGAUUGGUCUGCUACAUGUAGUCAUGUUGAUUCAUUCCAAUUUUUUAAAUCAUUGACCGUUGCAAUGUUUACGUGUUUACAAAGACCGACCAAUUCGUUCAUCUGGAUAAUUUUAGGAGUAUUUUUACUCAUUAAUAUGGCUAAACAAGAGAAACAUAUUUUUGAGUUUAUCAGGUUAUUCAUCUCAAUAAUCUCGGCAUUUCUAACUGCAUUCUUUCUCAAUUCCACCAUCGAUUUUUAUUUUUACAAGAAGCUAAGUUUUCCAAUCAUUAAUUUCAUUAAAUUUAACUUCACAAGUUCUUUAUCAAGCUUUUACGGUACUGCUCCAUGGCAUUUCCAUAUUACGCAAAGUUUACCUUUUGUUCUUGGAUAUUCUAUUAUUUUCUUUGUACCGACUCUGUUUAUCAGAUCCUCAUUCCCUUCCGCAAUAAAGAAAUAUCCCUCCCAAUUGAACAACCCAUUUUUUCAAAUCAAAACUGUCAUAGUGCUAAACAUUAUUGCAUAUUCUUGUAUUGGUCACAAAGAGUUCCGUUUCGUAUACUCUUUACAGCCACUAUUCCUGAUCAUGACGACAUUUUUCUUAUUGAGACUAUAUAGAAAUGAAGAAUUUAACCAAUUGGUGAAAUUAAUUCUAUUUAUUGGAUCAAUCUUGUCCCUAAUAUUUAUGACUCUCUUAAAUUUUAUCAAUGAAUCAGGAUCCAUUGAGGUGAUGAAAUUUUUACAUAAUGAACCAUAUCCAAUUGAAAGUGUCGGAUUUAUUAUGCCAUGCCAUUCUACACCAUGGCAAUCAUAUUUGCAUAGAAAUGAUAUUCCUGAACUUUGGUCAAUAUCAUGCAUUCCACCAUUACAUUUGUUAGGUGAUACUAAUACUAAAUUGAAAUUACCAAAUUAUAUGGAUGAAAGUGAUUACCUUUAUGAGAACAUGGAGGAAUUCUUCCUGAAGAACUUCCCACCUAUAACGGAAGGAGAAAAAGGGAAGCAUGAAGGAAAAGGAAGUAUAGCAAAGAAAUAUGAGUGGCCAGAAUAUUUAAUCAUUUUCCAACAGAUGGAUGAUAUCUUUAUGCGGAAAUAUUUGGAACCUUCAUCAUAUCAUGAAUACAAAAGAAUCUUCAAUUCUUACUUCCAUUGGGAUUCAAGAAGAACGGGAGAUAUCAUCAUUUACAAGAGAAAAGCUAAUAAACUUUAA